AUGCCUUCCCAAAGGCAACUGCGCACCCUCCUCGUGGGUGUGCUAAUCGGUGUUGUCUUCGUCCUCUUCUACACGUCGUCGCUACGAGCGGACGAAGUCAAAGACGAGCGCACGAUUCAAGACUUCUACCACAAAACGGUCAACGGUCUAAAACACAAACAGCCGCCGAACCAGGCCGUGUUGGAUCAGAAUAAGCCCAAGGCAGUCGGCCACGUGCCUGUCGAUAAGGACGCCGACGGCGAUGUAGACGCAGACGACGAGAAACUGGCAAAGGACAUGGCAGGCCGACUGAAAGCCGCCGAGGAGAAGGCCAAGGAGCUUGCGAACAAGAAGUCGCCGCUGAAGCCUAAUGCGCCAAGCGAAGUGGUCGGAAAGGGCAAUUCGGCCGCUGGACAAGACAAGAAGAAGGAAAAGACGGCCGCUGGAAAGGAUGGUGCAGACGUUGAGAAGACGGAGAGUGAUGAGGAUCACGCCGUCGAGGCUGAGCUCAACUUGAUCCUGAAAAAGUCACCAGUCAUCAUCUUCUCCAAGUCCUAUUGCCCAUACUCCAAGAAGGCCAAGGCCCUACUACUCGAAAAGUACUCAAUCGACCCUGCGCCGUUCGUGGUCGAACUCGACAAACAUCCUCUCGGCCCCCAACUGCAAGCUUUCUUGGGCCAGAAGACCGGCCGAAAGACGGUCCCCAACAUAUUGGUCAAUAGCGUGAGCAUUGGCGGAGGCGACGACAUCGCCGAACUGGACAAUCAGAAGAAGCUUGUCCCCAAAAUAGUCGAUCUUGGACAAAAGAAGGUGGAGAUGAAGGAGCGUUCUGCCAACAGCCAGAAGAACAACUAG